AUGUCCUUCUCAUUUGGAUCUACUGCUUCUCAAGCUACUCCGUUUGGGUCAAGUUCUAAACCAUCAUUUUCAUUUGGGAGUACUAACACUGCUACAACAAGUCAAGCAGGAUUUAGUGGAUUUGGAACUAGUACCACUUCAUCAGGUUUUGGUAGCUUUGGUUCAACUUCAACUGCCUCAGCAACACCCUUUGGUGGCCUAGGAAGCACUCCAGCGUCUACAGCCCCAUCCCUGUUUGGGGGUACCACUUUUGGAAAUACAGCUGCUAAACCAAAUACAGGAUUUGGUACAGGAACUUUUGGAGCAAAUACUGGAUUUGGCACUGGUACGUCAAAUUUUGGUAGUACAGCACCAUCAUUUGGAGCCAACACAUUUGGCACAGGAUCUACCUUUGGAUCAACAUUUGGUAAACCAACAACAACAGGAUUUUCUGGAUUUGGCACUGGACUCGGAACCACUUCAGCAUUUGGGCAACAGCAACAACCACAGCAACAGCAACAGCAGCCCCAAGGACCAACAAAUGCCCAUGAAGCACUUGUAGCUGCUGUGUUCAAUUGCAAUGUAUUUGGAGAUGAAAGGGACCAAGUUUUAGCUAAAUGGAAUUUAUUGCAGGCUCAAUGGGGCACUGGUCAAGCUUACUAUAAUAGAAAUGCACAACCGCUUGAGUUAAAUGAACAAAAUCCAUUAUGCCGGUUCAAGGCUGUGGGAUAUUCAAGGCUUGGCGGUAAAGAGGACAAAGAUGGACAUGUCGCUAUGAUGUUUAACAAACCAGAACAGGAAAUAAAGAGCAAUCAGCAGGGAUUUAUUACUUCGUUGGCUGGCCUUCUUGGCAAUAAGCCGAAUUUAGUUGCCAAUAUCGAGACUGUCAAAGCCGUGUCAGAUAAAAAAUGUCAGGUGGUGGUAUACAUAGUGGAUAAAGGUGCGGGUGGGUGCCAUAUUAACGCGUCUGAAUUGAGCUCGUUUCUCAACAAUGGAGCGGCUCGGAACACACUGACUGGUGCGGGAUGCACCAGCAUAACCCCAGUUACAAGACCAACGCCACAGAUGUUAGAUCAGUACUUACAGGCUCCACCGCCAGGUAUGGAUAUGCGCCUUUGGAAACAAGCUCAAGCUGACAACCCUGAUCCAGAAAACUACAUUCCUGUGCCCAUUAUUGGAUUUUCUGAGAUCAAAUUCCGUGCACAAUGCCAAACAUCAGAGUCUGGUCUGCAAGCCAGCUAUCUUCGUAAAGCGUCUGAAACAUUGAGCGAAUUGCGCACGCGUCGUGCCGCAUCCGCAGCGACUCUUGCGCAGCUAACAGCGCGAUUUCACUCCUUGAGACACACUUUAUUGCAGGUGAUUGCACGCCAAGAAGUCCUCGGACGUGUCGGCGCAGCUUUAAGUCCCGAGGAAGAAGCGUCUCGAGCGAGAUUACAAGAAUUAGCCACGCAACUGGCGGCUCCGCCCCUCUAUAAUGGUCGAUUGAAUGAGCUAUUAUGUGCGGUGCGACUUCAGCGCAGCGCCAGUGCGGGCGCACCUUAUGAGAGAUAUCAUUUGGACCCAGGUGCGCAAGAAGACGUGAAGCAAUUCCUGUCUUUCCAACAACGUGGUAUGGCCCAUUUGAUGGAUACAGCUAAAACAGAUCUUGCAGCCCUCAACACUAUCGCAGAGGGGAUGGCCAAACUUGUCCGGGCCUAG